ACCAAAGUGCUGAAUGUCGAUUGCGGAAGACAUGCAAAAUAUGUCAUAAUAACAUUAAAGAUCCUGGUUCAAAGUUGUUGUGGAUAUGUCAAUGCUGUCAUUUCAGAAAUAAAGUGACCUUAUUUAUGUCUCAUCAAACGUCCUCGUGUAUACUUUCAAUAUGCAGUCCCUGAUCCAGAAUAUUAAAGCAGCUUGUCAGAAUACCCACAUCUUCUGGUAUUACAUCAUCUAUGUAUUGUCAGCUUCAUGGUGCUAUGCUGGGAACUACUCCUGUACAAAUGAAGCUAAUUCCAUCACAAGAAUUGAAGGAGUGGAUUCAGGAUCGAUAUACACUCGGCUUGAAGGACAGACAUUUUAUGACAACAACUAUGACUGUAGAUGGCUCAUAGAUGCAGGUGCUGGGAAAAGGGUUCAUGGGACAGUGGUCAGUUCUCACCUGCAGUGGGCACCUGAGAAUGCAAUCUGCACUGGUGGCUACGACUAUCUGCAUGUCAGGGAUGGAAUGGAUGAGACUUCCCCGACUAUCGUCCUAUGGUGUGGGGCACGCAACCCCUACAGUGUGACCAGCACAGGGCAGUACAUGUCCUUAACAUUCCAGUCUAAUGGCAAUAAUCCAUACAAGUAUACAGGGGUUCACCUCGAGUUUCAGGUGUUUGAUCAAGGAUCAUGUGGGCCGGGAUGGUCUUCUCCAUCACCUACACAUUCGUUGUGUUACAAACUGAUGACCCAUGCUGAGACCUGGAGCAAAGCACAGAUGUUCUGUAACUACAACCAAGCUAACCUUGCUGUCAUACAAACUCAGAUACAACAAGACUAUGUCAAGUAUCUGCUGACCGACAGGGCAUGGAUUGGUCUGAGCAAGGUAGCAUCAGAGUCUAAAAUGGAAUGGAUUGAUUUGUCAGAGCAGAAGCUAGACUUUUUUGCAACACAUGACUUUCAGAGUAAUGAAGAUUGUGUUUUGAUGAAUAGUGUACGUGGGGAGUGGCAAACUGCUGACUGCUCUCGUAUCAUAGCAAAUUUUGUGUGCCAGACCAACAAACAAGGAAGCACCACAAUCUAUCCAGUUCCGGAGCACAAAGAGGAAGCUGGAGAACAGUCCAGCCUCUCUAUCAUCCUGGCUGGUGUACUGGGCAGUUUGGUGGUCAUUGCAGCAAUCAUCGCAGCAGUUGUCAUAUAUAUGAAAUGUUUUGCAAAGAAACGCCAGGAACAACCUUCCUCAGUAACAACUAGGCUACAAGACAGUGAUAAUCAAUCUCAAUCGACAACUCGAAAUGGUUCUCGAAAUUCUGGCAAUGCUUCGAGAACUGACUUUGUCUUUCCGUCCGCACCUAGCAUGUAUGAAGAGGAGGCAAGGCAUCCAGAUGUGGCACCACCCACCUAUGAAGAGACAGUGAUUAAUGAUAUCAUAAAAGGGACACAUGUCUGAUAGUUUUAGUGAGGAGUCCUUUGUAACAUUGCAACCAUCACUCAGGACCUCUGUGUAUAUUAUUGUAGCAUCUAACAUGCUUUCACGUGCCUAACUGUAGUGUUGACUCUUCAGUACAUGAAUAUAAAAAGACUACAAACUGUUAUAUAUUCAUGUCAGUGACAUGAGUGCUUUGGUCACUGACUAUUUCA